GGUAUUUUUGAAUUGUCAAAGGUAAAGCCACACAAGUUGCAAAUGACAACAAAAAAUAGGGAAUAUAGGAAAAAAUAAAAUAUAAGAAGAAUAUAGUUUUUAUCGUCUAUAAAAGACAAUAUUUGUCUUGCAAUUAAAUCCCCAUCGUAAUGGGUAAGCACAGAACAGCGCAACAGGAUGCAAUCUUCGUAGCAUUCAUGGAACGGCAUCCAAUCAUCUCGAAAAAUUAUCUUAAAGGCGACAAGCAAGUUGCGGAGGCAGCGUGGAAGAGAUUGUCAAAUGAGCUAAAUAGUGUUGGACCCCCUGUCAAGGAAGCCAGCGAAUGGAAACGGGUUUGGAAAGACUGGAAAAGUUGUAUUCGAAAAAAAAUUACUAAUAAUCGGCUAGAGGACCCUAAGGCUACUGGCAAAGGAUCGCUAUACCAAGAUACUCUCACUCCCCUGGAGGAUGCAGUUGCUGUAAUCUGCGACUUAUACGAUAUGGCAGACACCAUCGCCGAAGCCUGCCCCAGGGCUCAAACUGAAAUAAGCCACGGAGUUUCUCUAAAAUGCAUAAAAACCGACCAAGACGAUUCCACGGUGACAGAUAAUCACGAGUAUGAGGAUGAAGAUUGCUCCAUCAAUAUUAGACGUACAGGUGUUCAAUUAGAGCAUAGCUUUAGCGCUAACACAUCACAGACUACUCCUAAAAAAAGAAAGCGUAUUAAAGAAAAUGCUUCAGAAAUGGAACAAGAACGUUCUGUUCCGGUUCUUUUGGAUAUAGCAAGAGAGCUUAGUGAUUUAAAUAGACGAUCCCGUUUAAACGCCCAGCGAACUAAAGCUAACACCGAGGCAUUAUUAGCACUGGGUACGCAGAUAGCGGAUUUAAUGCAGCAGCAGUUAAAGGAACGUAAGCGACUUAACGCCAUAAUGGAGAAAUUUGUAAUGAAAAUGGAAUCCACCGACUAGAGCCAACAUACAGAUUGAAGAUGAUCGAUUAAAAAUAAUUUAAAAAUCCGUUAUUUCAAUUCGGUAUUAUCUAAUUAUCUUUGGUAAUAUAAAAAUAAAUAAAAAACUAUUAAAUAAUAUCUACUCUAGCAAGGGAUAAUUGUAUUUAUAUUCGUAAACUAAAUUAUCAGAAUUAAAAUCAACCCAUGAAGCGCCCGCAUUUGGCUUGCACCGCGGUUUUAAAGUUAUAGAAUUAAACCAACUUAUUAAAUAAGAAUUUUCCUGUUUAGCCCCAAAGUCAAGACUCGGAUUCAACAAAAUGUAAAAUUCAUUAAAGUAAUUUAACAAUAUCGAAAAAGUAAAAUAUUGUUUUCGGUAUACCGGUAGUAAUUGGCAAAACAAAUAAAAAAAACGGACAAAA